UCCCAUAAAAAUAUCGCUUUUAGUGUUUAUUACAAACGAUUUAUAAACAACAAACUUCGGAAAUGACAUUCUUAAUAUAAACAGCGUAAGAUAAACAUAUUUCUUGUUGUUUUUAAGAGAUUCGGGAGUUUUGAGAUGUCUGCAACAGUGCUAUUUCUUUUUGUGGCUACAAGUGGUGUUGCUUACGCGAAUCCCGAUGCCAAGAGGCUGUAUGAUGACCUGCUCAGUAAUUACAAUAGACUUAUCCGGCCCGUUGAUAAGAACAACAACACUGUGCUUGUGAAACUUGGACUACGUCUCUCGCAACUGAUCGACCUGAAUCUGAAAGACCAGAUCCUAACUACAAACGUUUGGCUCGAGCACGAAUGGGAAGACCACAAAUUUAAAUGGGACCCCUUGGAAUACGGCGGCGUGAAGGAACUUUAUGUGCCCUCAGAGCACAUUUGGCUCCCGGAUAUCGUUCUGUAUAACAACGCCGACGGAGAGUACGUUGUGACAACGAUGACCAAAGCAGUUCUCCAUCACACCGGUAAAGUUCUGUGGACUCCGCCCGCCAUCUUCAAGUCCUCGUGCGAGAUCGACGUGCGAUACUUUCCGUUCGACCAACAAACUUGCUUCCUCAAAUUUGGAUCUUGGAGCUAUGAUGGAGAUCAGAUUGACUUGAAGCACAUAAACCAGAAGAAAGGUGAUAUGGUAGAAGUAGGUAUCGACCUUCGGGAAUACUACCCAUCAGUUGAAUGGGAUAUUCUGGGGGUACCAGCUGAACGUCACGAAAGAUACUAUCCAUGUUGCCAGGAACCUUAUCCAGAUAUUUUCUUCAACAUUACAUUGCGAAGGAAAACCCUCUUCUACACCGUGAACCUGAUAGUUCCUUGUGUCGGUAUCUCAUAUCUAUCUGUCCUUGUCUUUUACUUGCCAGCUGACUCUGGCGAGAAGAUCGCACUGAGUAUAUCCAUCCUGCUCUCGCAGACAAUGUUCUUUCUUCUGAUUUCGGAGAUUAUUCCAUCAACAUCCCUCGCUUUACCGUUGUUGGGGAAAUAUCUUUUAUUCACCAUGCUAUUAGUCGGCCUCUCUGUUGUAAUAACCAUUGUUAUUCUAAACGUACACUAUCGAAAGCCAAGUACUCAUCAAAUGGCGCCAUGGGUCAGGAAGUUCUUCAUAACCAAAUUGCCGAAGCUACUCCUAAUGAGAGUGCCAAAAGAUUUGUUACGAGACUUGGCAGCUCAGAAGAUAGCGGGGAGAAGUAUGAAGAAGAAUAAGUUCAAGGAUGCUUUAGCUGCCGACCAGACCAACUCGAAUGCUUCAAGUCCAGAUUCCUUGCGUCACCACUUGCCCGGUGGAUGCAAUGGAUUGCACUCAACUACUGCAACAAAUAGGUUCAGCGGUCUAGUCGGGGCACUAGGUAGUCUCGGGGCAGGUUACAAUGGCCUGCCAUCAGUCAUGUCAGGCUUGGAUGACUCCCUCAGCGACAUAACUCCCCGCAAGAAGUAUCCGUUCGAGCUGGAGAAGGCCAUUCACAAUGUCAUGUUUAUACAGCACCAUAUGCAACGACAGGAUGAGUUCAAUGCGGAGGACCAGGAUUGGGGAUUCGUGGCCAUGGUGCUGGACCGCUUGUUCCUCUGGAUCUUCACAAUCGCGUCCAUCGUAGGCACGUUCGCCAUACUCUGCGAGGCGCCGUCUCUCUACGAUGACACCAAGCCCAUUGAUAUGGUGCUCUCUUCUGUGGCGCAACAGCAGUUCCUGCCCGUGGACAGCGGGGACUCUUAGAUGAAGGAACACAUUACUUUAGAGGUCUUGGGUUUCGUAUAUCAAUGAGAAGUUAUGUUAAG